AUGGCUGCUCCAAAAGGCUCCUACAAUUGCUGCAAUCAGCCACGGCGGACUCUAAGAACUCACCUGAUCCUUGCCAAGGUGCUUACAGUAUGGAUCACUACUCUUUUUCUUCUUGAUGCAGCCAAAGGAAAGGAAGUGUGCUAUGACAGGCUUGGGUGCUUUACUGACAAUCCCCCUUGGUCUGGGAUCCCAGGCAGAGAGCUAGCAGGUGUGCCCAGCUCUCCAGCAGCUGUGAACACUAUUUUCCACCUUUACACUAGGAACAACAUCUGGAACUCCCAAAAAAUUUCUGCUUCAAAUCCCUCAACUAUCAAAACUUCAAACUUUCGAGCAUACAGGAAAACUCGCUUCAUUAUACACGGCCACCUUGCUGGAGCAGACCUGCCCUGGAUAGCAAGCAUGUGCAGAUUCAUGCUUUAUGUUGAAGAUGUGAACUGCAUUCUGACUGACUGGAGAGGUGGUUCCAGUGGUUUGUACACGGAUGCAGUCAACAAUGUCCGCAUUGUGGGGGCUGAGCUGGUCUAUCUUGUGAACUUGCUUGAGAAAGACUAUGGAUACUCUCCUGCCAACAUUCAUUUCAUUGGCCACAGUCUUGGAGCACAUGCUGCAGGGGAGGCAGGGAGACGAAAACCUGGCAUUGGAAGAAUAACAGGUUUGGAUCCAGCUGGACCUCUUUUCCAGUACACUCCCCCAGUGGUUAGGCUGGAUCCUUCAGAUGCAAAAUUUGUUGAUAUAAUUCACACUCAUGCUGGUCAUCUCUUCUUUGACUUUGCUCCUGGGAUUCUUCAGACUUGUGGCCACCUGGAUUUUUACCCAAAUGGUGGGAAGAAAAUGCCAGGAUGCAGGCAGCUUCGUGUACCUCCAGCAGUUCGGAACAUCAACGACCUUAUGAGAACAUAUAGAUCUCUUGGAUGUGGACAUAAAAGAAGCCUCCAGUAUUAUGCUGAAAGUAUUAUCACUCCAAAUGGAUUUGUUGGCUACCAGUGUGAAACGUACCGAGCUUUUAUAUCGGGAGCCUGCUUCCCAUGCCGGAAGGGAGGAUGCCCACUGAUGGGACAUUAUGCUGAUGUGUUUUCUCACAAAACUGAAAAGGAACAGCAAAAGGUUUAUUUAAACACAGGACCCCACCCUCCAUUUGCUCGCUGGCGAAAAGAGAUACGUGUCAGACUAUCUGCAACAGAAACCAUGAAGGGAAAUAUAGAUGUAGCCUUGACUGGAACUAAUGGGAUCAGGAGGAAAUACACAAUUGACAAGGGAACUUUCAAGCCAGGCAACACAUACUUGAACUAUAUUGAUACAGACAUUUCUGGGAACAUUUCAAAAGUUGAGUUUCGCUGGAGUAAGCAUCUAGGUCAUGUACACCAAGGCUGUAUGGGAGCAGAAGAAGUCAUAAUAAUAUCUGGGGGAGAUGGAAACGUCUGCGUUCUGUGGCCAUGGAUCCGUGCAGCCGAGCACAUGGCAGACCCUGAUGCUUUGCUAGGGCUGGGGGAGAAACGCCACGGCUCUGGCUACGGAAAACCAUAUUGCUUCAGCCAGACUAUUGGUGAAGCUCCUGCAACACAGAUGGAAAAUUUACACUGCCCAAUACAAAAUCUCUAUUUCAAAAUCAGUGCUGUCUGCUUGUAUCCAAACAGGGGAGCUACACCAGCCUUCCUCCCUGAAGAACAGCAUUUUAGCAACACAUCCAAAAGACUGCUUAGGAGCUGGGACUGUGUACGAAGUUGCACAGUACAUCCUGAGAAACUCGAGCAUCACAGAUUGCCACCUGUCAAGUAG